CUUAUACACAUAAUUAUAAAUUAUUUCAAAAGAAUGUCUGCUCCUCACUUUGUUAAAUACACCAAGGACUUGGGUAAUGCUGAUCCAAACCGUGAGAUCACCUUUACAAUUGUAAUGAAGUUGAGAAACAAGGAGUGGAUUGAUCAACAAAAGGAGACCUCAGAUCCAAAGAGUGAGCACUAUGGACAAUACAAGUCAAAGGAGGAGGUGGAGAAGAUGACAAGACCAUCCCAAGAGAACUUUGAUCGUGUUAUCCAGUACUUGAAAUCACAUCAUCAACUAGAUGCCCGCCAGGAGGGGGACAACUUGAAGAUCACAACAACAAUUGCCAAGGCUCAAGAGCUGUUCCAUACUCAUAUUCACAAGUUUGGAAUCCCAGAUUCAAAGAAUGCUGACGAUAUUAUCCUUAGAAGAGAAGGAAACAUGACCAUUCCAAAGGAUAUCUCUGAUUAUGUUGACCUUGUUGUUGGAUUCUAA